AUGAGUAAAUAUUGUAUGAAUUUGGUCAAAUAUGAAAGUUUGGUUAGAUCAAAAAAUUUAUGUAUUAACUCAUUAAAGUUAUAUAUUUUUUUUUAUUUAUUUAUUUUAAGAGUCUUCUAUUGGAUAUGUCCUGGAAUACGGCCCUGCACUCAAAUGAUAGUAAAGCUUAAAAUGUAUACGAAUGUUAGUAAAAAUAGAAGGUUGUAA